AUAUAAUUGUAUAAAGAAUAAGUUCAAUAACUAAUAAUCUAUUCAUUCAGCUCUAGCCUCUCCAGGAACCUAGGUCCUCCGCGCCCUCCUCAUUGCUACUGAGCAAGAUCCAGAUCCAGAGCCUCCGUUAGCUCCGCCUGAAGUAACUGUCACUAGGGCGGAACCAUCUCCUUGAAAGAGAAGAGAUCUCUCAUAGUUAGUUCCAUAUCAAAUCAUUACCAGUCAUCUCAGUCAAUGAUUACUUAGUGAUUAAGUGCAAGCUGUUAUUGUUGUUACGGUUAGUUAAGUGAUUGUUAGAAUUAGUGGAGUUAGCCUAUAACAAGUUGUACAGUUGGCAGCUCAGCCUUGGUCUUUAUAUAUUUACAGUGUAACAGUUAUUGUUAAUUAAUGGACAGAAUAUUCAUUUCUCGGUACGGAGAGCCUUCUGUCUCACCGCUGUUCUCCCCUCAUUUUCUUUGUUUUCUUGCUCUUUCUCGCUUUUCUAACACUCUGAUUUCUUCUUUCUCUGACAAUUAUUGUUAAUGGAUUGAGAGAGAAUAUUCAUUUCUUCUUACGGUAUCGAGAGCCUUCUGUCUCGUGACUUUUCUCCCCUCAUUUUCUUUAGUUUUCUUGAUCUUUCUUGCUUCUGAAACACUCUGAUUUCUUCGUUCUCUGUACUUUCAUGGCUUCUCCUUCUGAUUCUGCGGCCUCUGUCCCUCCCUCCACUCCGCUCCCUCCUCAGCCUACUGGUCCUCCGCUCCCUCCUCAGUUUACUGGUCCUCCGCUACCUCCUCAACCUACGUUAGCUCCGACAGCCGUGGCGACAUCACCUCCUCGGAUCCCAAUUGACAGCUUUAUGCUGAACUCAAUGCCAAGGGAUAUAAAUUUGCUGAGCCAGAGCAUCCACCUGAACCCCCAAAGCAUUCUUUGUCAGUUUAGGGUUUAGGUGGAUGCUCUGGAGUCCAAGGUAUGUGUAGCAGGGCCUUACUGAGGUGUGGUGUUUUAAUUGCUGUCUUUUUUGCUGGGUGAAAAAUGAUUUACAAAAGUGGAAUAAUCAUAUUGAAUAGUGGAUUUUUCAGUAACUCGUGUUUUAGGUAGUGCCUUCUGUGGAAGAUAUUUCAUAUUUGUUCCGUUGUGAGAAGAUUCCGAACCAUUUAUUUUAUUUUUCCAUUUCCCCUCGUGAUGCUUGCACCAUGUCACAAUGGAAAGAGUAAUAAGAAUAACCUUUGUCUGCGGCUCUAAUGGAAAGUGCAUAAUAUGUUUUCAGGCAUUGCAACAACAAUCUCGAGCAUCAGAUGAUUUUCAAGAAAUUGCCUCUGGAGCAAAAGAACUUUCUCAAAGAAAAUUUAGCAUGGAUGCUGCAUUGGAGGAUAAGAUUUGUGACCUCUAUGACCUUUUUGUUGAUGGGCUGGAUGAAGACGCAGGUCCCCAAAUAAGAAAGCUCUAUGCUGAGCUAGCAGGAUUGUGGCCUAAUGGUUUCAUGGACAACCAUGGGAUCAAACGCGCAAUUUGUCGGUCAAAAGAAAGACGGAGGGAGCAUCAGGUUUUGAUAUAAAUAAAUAUGCUGUGAGGAUGAAAGAGGAUGACAAGAAGAUGCCUGCAAUUUGGCAAUUUGGACAAGAGGAAAUCCUGCUUUGGCAGCCUCAGAACCUGCCCCUACCAGUGCUGCACUGCUGCUCUUACGUGGGAUUCUAUCAAGUUAGACUCAGAUUCUGAUGCAUCUGAUAAUAUAAAAACGGACAGUUCCUCGUCCCAUGGGAUAGAACCAGAAGUUGUCUCAGACCACGACAAACUGGUGGCUGCUGGUACCAGAAACACUACCAUAGAUGUACAUUGAGUAUAAUAAUGGCUCAAGGUAUAUGGUGACUUAACUGAACUGCAGUAUCUUGCUGACCUUUUUUGGCUGUCUGGUUAGGUCCUAAAACCAAUUCAAAACAAAUCCAAUUGUAGAUGGGAGAAAGGUGUCUGUCGUACUGAGAACUAUGAAUCAAAGCCAUUAUAUAUA